ACUGUACCUUAAUGCGGUAGUUUAUCUUACCACGCACACGCGUGGUUUGGUGGGAGAAUUGAAUGUGAUUUUUUCUCACAAUUUGGUUUUGAUGUGUACCAGACUGGUCGGUGGAUGAAUCAGUCUGUCUGUGAAUUUUGUAAGUGCCGGAUAGAAAUUUGCUCGGUCGGUUGUUCGCUUAUAACAGUCAAAUUUAGUUAUCGAUAGUUUUGAUCGCGCUAACUUUCGUGUGAGACAGUAGAUUAUACACUUUAAUAGGAUUGUUAGUUAUUAAUCGUUGCUCUUCGUUUUGCUAGUCUUCGGCGGAGCCACUUGAUUUCAAUACUUUACGAAGUGCUUACAUUGUGCUCUGUUGUGUUUGACCAACAUAUCAGCGAUUAUUUAUAGUCUUGCAUUUAUAAAAUUUGCGUCUUAAAACCCUUGGGUAAUUGCAGCGAAUGAAGUUUAAAGACAAACUAAAAUAAACAAGAUUAAUGAUGUGUACAAAAUUGGUGCUGCUGCUCUGGAUGGUGACCAUAUCUGAACAUUUAGCCAUGGUUACUAGCGAUCCCAUCGGAGAUAACGUUUUCUCCGAAGAAAAUUGCCAUCAGAAUGGGAUGCUUGUUUUGUAUCGCAUCAAAUUAGUAACAAGAUGGUCAAAAAAACUCUUUCCUAAACACUAUCCAGAAUUUCGGCCUCCUCCACAUUGGAGUAUGACGUUAGGUUUAACUCAUAACCAAACCUAUCAACUUUUUCAACUGAAGCACACUGCUUCGAUGGCUGUGGCAACUUUUGCCGAGACGGGACAAGUAGCUUUAUUGGAAGAAACUUUGGAAGUUCAACAGGAUUUUUUAUUCGAUGAGUUUCGUCUACCAAAAAUUCGCAAAGGUAAGGGUGAAAGUGAGGCAACUUUUUUCGUAAACGGAAAACAUUCGAGCGUGUCUUUCAUCACAAAGAUAAUACCAUCGCCGGAUUGGUUCAUUGGAUUGGACACUUUUGACCUAUGCUUCAAAGGACGAUGGCUUGAAAAGGUAACGAUACCGCUGCAUCCGCUCGACGCAGGUAGUAGCAGUGGAUUAACUUUUACCUCACCAAAAUGGCCUACCAAUCCAAGGGGUGUAGUCCAACAAAUCACUUCCAGAUCUCCUCUCCAUUUCGCAAGCAGCUUUUUCUAUCCUGAAAUCAAACACCUUCCACCGAUAGCUCAUGUUACAUUUACUAAGAUCAAAGAAUACAACAAUCACAACAACGUGCACAAAAUGGUGAAGAAACUCAAAUAUAAGCACCGUACGAAGUUACUUAAAAAACUUAAAUACCAGUCAAACGUUGGAAACACUGAACAUAUGAAUCAUACCAACAAAACUCUUACUGAUACAGAUUGUCGGGUUAGCGAGUGGUCGGCCUGGAGUCCUUGCAGCAAGACAUGUGGCCUUGGUAAAAGAAAUCGUACACGUAACAUUAUACGAGAACAGCGUGUUGGUGGCGUUGAAUGUCCGAUGUUAGUGGAAACACAGUGGUGUGGCUCAGCUCGCCAGUGUUCAGUGUUUGACAGCUACUUUAAAUGGUGAAGGUUGAAAAUAAUUAAUUGUACUGGAACUACAAACACAACGUGCAUAGUUUAGUAUGGUUACAUGACAAAAGCAGCUUAAAUUGGUUUAGAAGGCAAGUUUGAUGUAUGUGAGAAAUAUUUGUCGACCAAUCAGUUGUCAUUCUGGUUUUGUACAAAUAUAGUUUACUAAAAAAUAAAACAA